CUAUGCCUCAUUAGAACAAGAGAGACCAUGCCUGGAACCAAAAUCUGUAUCAGUCAAAAGCCAUUGUGAGAAUGAAUGAAUCUCUACUCAGCAAUUUACGUGAGCAACCUAUUAAUACACACCGCUUAGAUGGAUUUAGAUGGAUCAAAAGGACAUCAUGCUGAGUGCAAAAUGCUGCACCCCAAAGGUUAUAUCCUGUAUGAUUCCAUUUAUAUGACAUUCCCCAAAGAUGGAUGAUGAGGAAGGAGAGAUGGGUGUGACUAAGCGGUAGGUCUUCUGUAGUGAUGGAGCAGUUUUAUAUCUUGAUUGCAGUGGUACUUACAUGCGUCUAAAUAUAUGACAAAAUGAUAUAAAACUAUAUACAUACAGUGUACCACUUUCAGUUUCCUGGUUUUAAUAUUGUACUAUAACUACGUAAGAGGGAACCAUUGGGGAACUGACUAAAGGUACCAGAAACACUUUGUACUGUUCUUGUAAUAUAAAGAUGAAUUUAAAGCAAUUUCAAAAUAAAAACAUAGCUGAAAGAAUAAAGAAAUAAAAUUUUAGUAAUUAAAACUUAAAUUCUAGACAUGAAAGAUUCCUUUGAAAUGUGCCAUCAGUUUUGGGAAAAUUACAUUCUAUUGUAUCUAGAAAUGAUGAGAAGCAAUAAAACUGUAAGAUUCCAGGUAGGAACAAAUAGUUUUUAUUUCACUCCAUCAUAUUCCCCAUUACCAUAGUGCAAUUUAUUUAUACAAUUUGAGAACCUAUGUUCCAGAAUAUCUAUAUUUAAUUUGGUUUCAUGAGUUCUAAUUUCUAAAUUUGUGCUUCUCUUUGGUUUAUUUUCUUCCUGCUAAAAUGGUGAGGUUUUUCAAUGAUUUAAACUUGAAUGCUUGUACUCAAUAAUAUGGCAUCUUAGAAUUUUUCAUUUUUUUAUUUAUUACUCAUCAUACAGUUUUAUUACUUCUUGAAAGAUUGUUUUCUUUCUUAUAUUGUUUUGGGAUAAAGACUGCUCAAAAAUGGCAGCAAGAAGUCAUUCAGAAUAAUAACAACAUGUUAUGGAGAAGUUUGGAAACUAUUUCAUGAAGGAAAGUCAUUCUGAAGUUUUAAUGAUGCCCCAUCAAUCAUUAUAAUUAUGUUAUUGUUUGAACCUGUAUCACCAGAAAACAAUGCAUGAUAUUUUCCCAAAUCAUAUUUUAAUGAAUAACAACUUGAUAUUUAUUGCAUUGUUAUUCUGGUAGCUUUUAUUUAAACUUGAACCACAUCAAUUUUAUGUCUAAUUGAUAACUAAAAGCAUCCCCCAGCCUAAAACUUUGACUGUAUUCUAUUUAUAAACUGAUUUUUAAACAUGAAACUUUCCUCAUAGUAACACUAUUACUUCUACUGUGAGUUCACUCACAUCAUAAGCCACAAAGUCAGAUUUAAGCACAUAGGUUGUUGUUUUACAAGCAGAACUGUCAUGGACCUAGCCACUAUCAUUAAGGUCGUCUGUUGAUGUUUCAAAAAUCAAAGAAACGUACAUUUCUUUUGCUAAGAUGCAUUCAAACCAGCAAAUUCUCUCUCAUAUUUUCUCAUGUUCUGUCCUCAGACUUUCAAAUAGGUUCCAGUCUUGCUCACAUUUUGCCCAAUGCUGGCCUGUGCUGACCUCUAAGGAAGAGUUCAUUGAUGACCCACUUUAGAGUUUAUGAAGCACAGCACCAGCAUAUGCUUAGAACUUAAGAUUACUGCAAGAGAAGAUGUGAUCACAGUUUCAGAGAUUAAUCUGGGAUGCAAGAAAGCUUAUUUUAUCCCUCCCAGGAGACUUACCAGGCAAUUUUUGUUUUUAAGCACAAAGCCUUCUUGACCAACGAGAAAGAUACUUUUUGGGCAUAUUCUAUGUCUCAAGUAUGUCUUGUUAAGAGCUGGAACAAGACUGGAUCCUGUCUUCAUGGAACUUAUACUCUUAUGAAGAGAUACAAACAUUUAACCAAAAUUUACAGGAGGAGUUUGAAAUACUGCCUUGUGAUUCUGAACCAGCCUUUGGACAAAUGUUUUCGUCAUCUUUGGCACAAAGCUCUUUUAAGAGCCUGUGCUGAUGGAGGUGCCAACCGUUUAUAUGAUGUCACAGAAGGAGAGAGGGAGAGCUUUCUGCCUGAAUUCAUCAGUGGAGACUUUGAUUCUAUUAGGCCUGAAGUCAGAGAAUACUACGCUAUUAAGGGCUGUGAAAUUAUUUCAACUCCUGAUCAAGACCAUACUGACUUUACCAAGUGCCUUGAAGUGCUCCAAAAGAAGAUAGAAGAAAAAGAUCUACAGGUAGAUAUGAUUGUGACCUUGGGAGGACUUGCUGGACGUUUUGACCAGAUCAUGGCGUCUGUGAGCACUUUGUUCCAAGCGCCUCAAAUAACUUCUUUGCCAGUUAUAGUAAUCCAAGAGGAAUCUCUCACCUACCUACUCCAACCGGGAAAGCACAAACUGCAUGUAGAUACUGGGAUGGAAGGUGAUUGGUGUGGCCUCAUUCCUAUUGGACAGCCUUGCAAUCAGGUGACGACAACAGGCCUAAAGUGGAACCUCACACAUCAGAUGCUUGGUUUUGGAACACUAGUGAGCACUUCCAACACCUACGACGGAUCUGGUGUUGUGACUGUGGAGACCGACCGUCCCCUGCUCUGGACCAUGGCCAUCAAAAACUGACCAGUGCUGACCUCCGUCGCUGUGCCUCCGACAUACCUCGUUUGCCAACGACAUCAUGCUCAACAAGAACAGUCCACCUUGGCUGGCAGGACUCUAAACCUGUCCCCUGGGAAGCCCGCUAGUUUUAAAGACUGUCAUGUUUUGAUCAUUCAUGUAACACUAUAAAUGACAAAUUUCAGUUUUACUGUGAUAGGGGUGGUGGGGAAUCAUUGUUAAAGUAAAUAUGCUCUAUUAGAUUCAGUUGGAAAACUAACAUGGAUCAUCUCACUCUAAAAUUCAGUCCUGAUUACUCAUUAAUCACGCCAUGUACCCCCAGAAAACAGUUUGUAAUUUUGAAGCUGAGAAAGCUCUGAGGUUCUGUAGUGUCCAGCACAUGCACCUCCUCCUGUCGAUCCUUUAAUGCUUGCUUCUGUCUAAUAACAUUAGCUCUCUCAGUCAUGUGGAUUCCCUCUCACUGAAAAAAUAACUCCUUCUAGCUUGGGAUGCUAGAACCGCACCAUUUUAUUCUGACCUUAACAGUUUGGGGUAUUAUCUUUUAAUGAUAAAUAAAAAAUCACUAGCCUGACUACUAAAAUUUAAAACAAGUAGAACCCACCCAGCUGCUUUACAUAACGCAAACUCAGUGUUGCUGUAAAGAAAGAGACCAGCCUCUCUCUCCUCUCUGGUGCUAUGACAGAGUGAGGGUUGUGUUGUGAGUGGAGAAUGAUAGUGGGACCCCUUGAACUAGUUUGCAGUUGUGCAUAGUUAAUCAUUAGAGAUCAUUUUUAAAUUAUUUAUGCAAAUACAUGUGAAACUGAAUCCAGAUGUGAAAUAAAAAUAUUUAGCUACCAA